GUUCCACGUGUAAACUUGCAUGGUUUCCCUUUCUCUAAACUGAAAGCAAACAGCAGAGGUUACACGUGGAACAACAGACAUCUCCCGCUAUUUCCCUUUUUAGUCUCGAUUAAAGGGAAAGAAAGAGAGAGAGGUGUUAUUGGCUUUUCGGAGGAACAGAGAAAAAACAAAGUAUAUGCUGAACGAGGAACCAUUACCGUUUCUAGACGUUAAUCAGUGACCUGGGCUUGCAGCUUCCCACCCCGUGCUUCUAUCGAGGAGUCAGAGCGGGGCGGAGACUGGGCGAGAGACGCAGGCUGCCUCCUGGCAGUGUAGGCCCCGUUGUCAGGGUAACCAACCUCUUUAGCCCCGGUGGAAAUACAAAAGGAACUAAAAUGAUGCAUUCCAUGGACAAACCACUGGAGGGAAGUAGCUUUGAGAUCCAUUAUGUGACUGGCGACCUGUUCAAAUGUCCUGAGCAAGAUGCACUGGCACACUGCGUCAGUGAAGACAUUCGUAUGGGAGCAGGAAUAGCAGUGACUUUCAAGCGGAAGUUUCAAUCUGUUGAAGAGCUGCUGAAUCAGAAAAAGAAAGUUGGGGAUGUGGCAGUGUUGAAGACAAAAGACAGAUACGUCUACUAUUUGAUUACAAAAAAGAAGGCCUAUCAAAAGCCAACUUAUGAUGAUCUGCAGAGCAGCUUGGAGGCCAUGAAGACACAUUGCCUGGUAAAUGGAAUCUCACGGAUCUCGAUGCCCAGGAUUGGAUGUGGACUGGACCAGCUGAAGUGGGAGAGAGUUUCUGAAAUAAUUCAAGAGGUUUUUAAGAACACUGAUAUCAUCGUCAAUGUCUACUCUUUGGAAACACCUGCUAAAUGUUCCACCUAUGCCAAAUGACAGCAUACAUUAAUAGUAAAUAGAAUGUGAAGAUGGGUAUUUGAAUUCUUAGUGCGUUAACUACUUUGGAUUUCAAGUAGCCUCAGAUUUGGCAAAAAUAACUUAUGUAGGUGAAUUUACUUGUGAGUGAUUGUUUAAUGUUUGGUUUAAAAAAUAUUCUCAGGAUUGUUCUCACCUGCUAGGCAGCAUGUCAGAAAGAUUACUUCCUCUGGAAAAGACCUGCUGAACCCACUGGGCAUUUGAGAAACUACUGGACCUUCUCCAGAAUCAGGACCCUGCUGAGAGCUUCCAGGCUUCCCUUGGAUAUGUGGCGGGAGCUGUUGGAGUGCCUUUUGUUUUUGAGAGACUCAAGAUUGUGUAAUGACCAAAUCCACAAGUAGUAAUAAAUGAUGGC